AUGUACAACGAAAUACAUACGCUAUCACGAGAUAUUGAAGAAAAAUAUUUAAUAUCCGAUAAUGGAGCAUUGAAAGAAUUAAAUCAUAAAAUACAAAAUGUCUCAGGACUAGUUCAGGUAUUUAUCGUAAAAAUUUACUUCUUAAUAUUUUUCUCUUGUCAAAAAAAUAAUAUAUUCGAUUUUGAAAUUUAUACAUGAUUGGAUGGGUCAAAGUAUUGUGUACUUUCCAAUAGAUUUUUCCUCUAAGACGGUGAUUUUUUGAGAGAUUUAAACUUGUUUUGUGUUUUUCUCACUAAAUCACCUUUACGAAGAGUAGAUAAUAUUGUCACCCUUCCGAUUUCUCCAUUCUGUUUCACAAAGCUGAUAUUGAUCUUAAAAUGAACAGAAGACCUGUGACUAUGAUUUAAGAGUCGAAUUUUUCUCUCAAUUGAUGGACACUUGGCUAUCGCUUAAAAAUAGUGAUAAAGUGAUGGAUUAGUCUAACUUUGGUCGCUUUUUCAAUUUUAGUCAAAAAUUGAUGGAAAAGUAAUUAUUUUAAAACUCAUUUGACAUGUUAUGGAUAGAGUGAAUAAUUCUACACAUUCCUGAGUAUUUUUCAAGGUUUCAGAUCGCACUUCAAAGCCAGCUGAUGGUUCAAAAGUGAAAGAGAUUAAAAAUACCUCUUUUCAAAAAUCAUUCAGUUUUCAUUUUCCCUGAUGCUUUUAAGUAAAGUCAAGGACAUAUGUGGAAUCCGCGUUGAAUUCUGAUUCUAGUGAUGUGUUUUUCAUCCAUUUCUGAGGAAAUGUUUUUUUCGAUGUUCCUGAGGUCCACCUCAGCCCUCAAAUUUUUCAAAAAAAUUCAAAGUAGUUUUUCGGAAAAACUGAACCGGCCAUUUUGUUCAGUUUUCGACGCUGAUUACAGCCAUUUAGUGUUUCCUCGAAAAUUCUUUGGGAUGAAAAAUACAUUUAUCCAGACUUGUCCUUUGUUCUGUUCUUGUAGAAAUUGCCCUUUCCUUUUUCAAAGAAAGUACAAUACAAUUAAAAUGAUGACUUCUGAGAGUAGCUUGGGCAUACUACCUCGACGUUGCAU